CUGACUAUGAAAGAGGAGAGUUGUACGGUACUGACACUAUAUUAUCCGCGCCAAAAGGAACUUACUACAUGUCACUCCUUGCCAAGUUUACCUACGGUGCUCCACUCCCUAGGCAUCGAGGAACUUGCCACUGAUUCGAAUCCUGUGCUGAUUUCUUCACCCCCGGAAUUGGCUGGCAUGACGCUGGAGGCACGAUUAAUAUCUUACGACUGGCAAAAUCAGUUCGAUGAGUUUCAAGAGGCAACUAGAAGUGGAUCUUUUAAACCACUUUGUUGGGGCGCAAAAAAUCAUGUCAUUCCGGGCUCAGAGUACCUCGAAGGAUACAGCAUAAACAUAACAAAAACCUUUAAGCAACAUCAAUACUGUAAACCAAAGCAACGCUCAUUUGUCGCCGACAGUGUGGGGCAAACGGAUCUUGAGCUGCCAGUGCUUCAUGAAAUGGACAACAAUAACAUCAUUGAAGGAGCAGCACGAAGCAGCCGCAGUUCAGCAGCCACCGAAACGCAAGGAUUAAGCAAAGCCGAAGACUAUAGUAGAAGUUUUGUGACAACUUUCUGGUAUGCGAGCGCUUUCAUUAUUAUACAGUGGCACAACCGAUGGUCCCUAACUAGAAGCGCAUUUUAAGCGUUCGCAUUCCAAUACACUCAUCUGUCCAGCCCCGCGACUCUGACGUCAUUACGUGUCCUCCACUCUACCCAAUCCUCAGAUGAAUUAUGUAGCUGCAUGAAUUUCUAAUUUUGUUACCCUAGUGUGUAGUAAGUUAUUGAUUAAUUUUACAAAAGUUUAUUGUCGAAUUGUAGACUUACGGAAACCAUAAGCGUAUUACGGCGUUAUUAGUUAAGUACACUCAUAACUACAUACAUACAUAUAUAAUAUAUAUACAUACAUAUAUACAUAAAUAAAAUAGCGAUAAUCAUACAAUACGCUAAAACCAUAAGCAUUAAAAAUCGGUGAGAUUUAAAUGGAAAGCAAUAAUUAGUUAUCGAAUACUUGUUUGUGACUCGAUAUUAUACAUUUAUACCGUACUCGUAUUUAGUGUGUAAAAUCGUUACUUUGCAUGUAGUAUUUUAAUAUGGUGCAAAUAUAAAUCUAAAUAACCAAAUACUUUACAUUAGUAAUGUUACAGUGUGUGAAAAAUACUCAAAAUUAGAUCUAACUAGAAACUACCUAUCUUACAUUAAGUCGACAACUAUUUUGUACGAGUGUAUCGCCAGUUAAUUAAUAAGCUGACCUUCCUAAAUCGACAGUGAGCGCAAAAUAAAAUUAUCAUUUUAAUUAAAAUAAUUACGAAUUCAAAAAUUCUUUAU